AGCCAACAUCGGAACCAUUAUUUCGUCUUUUAUUCCGUCGCGGUUUUAAUAUUUAGUGUGUCUAACGAGAUCUCGUUUUUGGCGUGAACUUGGGCAACAUUUUGUAAACAAGGACGCGCUGCUGAACUUGUCAUGUCUUAUGAUGUCAAAUAACCGCGUCUUACCUGCAAAUAACCAUGGUAAAUUACCAUUGUAUUGCCGUGGGAUGUAACAAUGACUCCAGGAAAUCUAGCAGACUCAGUAAAUACCCGCAUAUGGUAGAUCAAAAUGGAAAUGUUGUCAAUUUUUAUGUAUUGCCUUCCGCAACUAAAAAUCCAAAACUUCGGCGCCAGUGGAUAAAUGCGGUACGUCGUAAAAAUUUCAAACCUAGUAACACAGAUCAUUGGCACGCUGUAUGCUCCAGGCAUUUUGUAGAUGUAAGACCCACUGACACAAACCCAAUACCAACUUUAUUUGAAUAUAAUAACUACAUGCAUGACCAGGUCCAGGGUCAAGGAAAGAGGAAAACAUUGACUUCAAAAUACAACAGUACCUCAUCUUCCCAGGGAAAUGAAAGUCACUCUGAAGGGAAAAAACAAAGGACUUCACAGACUAGUGUAUUUGUCCAGCCAGUACCAGUGGCAGAGCUAUAUCAAGGCAUACAGCAUGAAAUCAUUAUUCCUGCCAAGGAAGGAGGAAAGGUUCCAAUUACAACUGAUACACCAUAUUCCCUACCUGGUAUCAUGCAACAUGACCACCCAUAUGUAGUGAGUCCUGUGUCAGGUUCAUCUCAUCUUAGUGACACAGACUGGGCAGAUGCUUAUACCCAAAUAACAAAUUUGGAACAUGAAAAUAGGCAUCUGAAGGUUCAUUGUGAACAACUCGAGGAGAGGAUAGUGGCUUUUAAAGAGGAAAACACACUCCUGAAAAAUCAGUUAAAUGAAAGUGAAAGACAAAGAAAGGAAGUCGAAUCCAAACUUCUUCAAAGGGGAGCCCAGCUGAAUAUGCCACCAUUUUGUCGGCCAUGUCAGUAUGGAAAAGGCAAAUACUUGACAUCUAAACAAAUUAAGGAGUCAAAAAACAUUGCCUCAUUGCGCAUUCAUGUGGAGCGUGCAAUUCAGAGACUGGAAAGUUACAAAUUCUUUGAUGAUUUACUGAUUAAAAGUUUAUAUGAAGGACAAAUCUUUUUUAUCAUUGUUCCGUAA